AUGGACACCACCCUUGACCCCACCUCUGAGAUCUCGUCCUCGCUCUCAACUUCCACUAGCGAAGCCAGUGUCUCCAGCAAUGAGGUGACCUUGGUCCACUCGCAGGAACCAUCCACUGGCAAUGCCAGUCACACCAGCCCUGACGUCACCCCCAUCCCCACGCAGGAAUCCUCCACCAGUGACGCCAGUGUCUCCACUCCUGAGGUGACCUCCGCCCCUUCACUUGCAACCUCCACCAGCGAUGCCAGUCACACCAGCCCUGAGGUGACCUCCGUCCCAUCGCUCGGAAAUUCCUCCAGCAACGUCAGUGUCUCCAACCCUGAGUUGACCUCAGUCCCCUCGGAGGAACCCUCCACGAGCGACACCAGUAACUCAAGCCCUGAGGUGACCUCUGUGCCCUCAGUGGCACCCUCCACCAGUGAUGCUAGUAACUCCAGCCCUAAGGUGACCACCAUCCCCUCACAGUCACCGUCCACCAGUGACGCCAUUGUCUCAAGUCCUGAGGUGACCUCCGAGCCUUCGCUGUCAGCCUCCACCAGCGUUGCUGUUGUCUCCAGCCCUGUGGUAACCUCAGUGCGCUCCCUCGCACCUUCCACCAGCAACACCAGCCCUGAGAUGACCUCCGUCCCGUCGCUCGCAACCUCCACCAACGGAACCCUCUGCCAGUGA